AUGCUUAAAAGAGUUGAUCCUACAAACCCAGUGUUGAUCACUUACUUGAAAACCAUAGAUACUUCUGUGGAAACUAGUGUUCUUUUGGCAAGAGAAGAAGAGAAGAAGUCUAAGAGAUCAAAGAAGACUGCUGUUGGGUCUUCUGAUACGAAAGUUAAGCCAUCCAGAUCCUCCAAGAGUCCAAAGAAGGUACCAAUUACCGAAGUUGAGCCAAUUCAACCUGAACCUAUUGUUGCUGAUACCCAGUUAACCCAAAAAGAAGUCAUUCCUUCGAAGACUGGUGUUUUUAGAAGAAUAAAGAUGAAGUCGAAAGACAAGAUUCGCUCACCUAUUACGAAUGUUAUUCAUAAACCCCAAGUUUCGCAUCAAGGGGUCAUUUUUCGUGAAAUACCUGCCCCUGCUUCACCGUCUUCUAAAAAGCGAAUGGCAACUGAUAUAGCGAAACACAUAUCAAAGAAGAAGAAGGGUAGGGUGAUUAUUUCAUCGGAAUCUACAACAGAUGAUAGUAAAACAAUUUCAGAGACACCAGAAGUAGUUCUUAUAAAAGAUUCUUCUGAUGUUGAUACUAGUUAUUGUACCACCCGAAGUUUCGAUUGGCAAGACAAUUUCUGUGGAGGCACAUCAGAUGAAAGAUUGAGCAUCACAGUUAUUAAUUAG